UAGCAAUGGCUGCCAAAACACAACCAUCUUUUUCUUAUUCUUCUUCUUCCUUACUACUCACCAUGUCCUUGUUCUUACUAGUUCUUUCACUCAUUGUCCCUUCAUCAGUUUUUUCAGCCACUCUUCGUUCAGAUAUUCAAGCUCUAGAGGCUAUAAUACGCAGCGUUGAUCCAAGUUCCAUCUCUCCAUCCUCUUACCUCAGCACAUGGGACUUCUCUGAAGACCCUUGUGAAGGCUCAGGGACGUUCUUGGGAGUUAUGUGUUCUUUCCCUCUGGAGAACACGACGAGCCGAGUUACAGAGAUCGACCUUGAUGAUGACGGUUAUGACGGUUUCCUCUCCGAUGAAAUAGGAAACCUAACUGAGCUCACAGUCCUUAGCCUCAACAAGAACAGAUUCCGUGGUCCAGUACCAGAAUCAGUGUUCCAACUCAGGAAACUCACCAAACUCUCUCUCGCCGAAAAUUUCUUCACCGGAGACAUAUCCCCAGAAAUCACGCGGCUCAAGGAGCUCAAAACCGUAGACUUGUCCACAAACAGUAUCGCCGGUGAAAUACCUCCAAGGAUCUCAGCCUUGAGAAGUUUGACUCACCUGAUCCUAUCAAACAACCAUCUCGAUGGAAAAAUACCUGCGCUCAACGGCUUGUGGAAGCUGCAAGUAUUAGAACUCGGUAACAAUCAUCUUUAUGGAAUGCUUCCUAAGCUUCCCCCAAGUCUUAGAACUCUAUCACUCUGUUUCAACAGCCUUGCUGGACGUAUAUCGCCCUUGCAUAGGCUGAAACAGCUUGUGUCAUUAGACGUGAGCCAGAACAGAUUCUCAGGCACUGUUGGCCAUGAAAUCCUAACGUUCCCUGAUAUUUCACGCAUCAAUGUGUCUUUUAACCAGUUCAUAUCCAUAGAGGUUAUUAAGGUUACAGGAUCACGCCUGCGCAUGCUUGAUGCUGACGGAAACCAUUUACAGGGUCACCUUCCGUUGAACCUGGCAACUUAUGAAAACCUUAAAGAUAUCAAUCUACGGAGCAACAUGUUCUCUGGUGAUAUUCCUAGGAUUUAUGGGAAAAGACUGGAGAAUUCAUGGAGAAGCUUAUACUUGGAGAACAACUACCUCUCAGGUUCACUUCCUGAGGAGUUUCAAAAGAUUUCCAAACAGAUCAGAGGAAACCUUUCCAAUAACUGUCUGCAAUGUCCAAAGAACGUUCCAAUCUGCCAAGGACCACAAAAGCCAAAAUCGCAAUGCACCAAUGCUAUGCUGGGGAGGUUGGAGUAGAGAUCAUGCGGAUGGCAGACAGUUUGUAUUAGAAAGCAUAAUUACCAAAAAGCAAACUUCAUGUACUUGUUCGGUUCUCAUCAUGGUAGAAA